AACUAGAAGCACAAGCAUUUCGCUACUCUUGCAAUGACAUCUGCUAACCAUGUGUAUGUGACCAAUAACAUUUGAGUUGAUCUGUAUCUACAAAAGUUAUUUCUGGGAAGAUUAUAGGUUUCCCUCUGCAAAUCAAAGGAGGCAAAGGCUAUACAUUUUAAACUGUAAGCAUUUAAAGGUAUUGGUUUUACUGAAAGAUAUAGGCCUAACUAUUUCACUGUGUAAACUUCUUCCACUACCAUUAACAAUAUUACUUUCAGGCAGCUAAGCAAGCACACAAAGUUUCUACUGAAACUUCCUUUUCUAGUUAUCAUUGUUGUCAAGCACCCCUCCUUUUAUUUUGUUUGCUGAAGCACGAAGGCCCACCAGAACUCACCAAAACUAUCACAGCUUAUUGUGAAAUAAACAUGAAUUACUGUUCGAAAUUCGUGACAGGCACAAGAAAAAGUACACUUUUCUUGUGUAUGAUUUUUCUUUCUUUCUUCAUAAUGCAGUCGUGUCUAUUUCACAAUAAUCUGUGAUACUGGGUUGAACUCACACACAAACUAUACUUGUCUGUAUGAAAACAGGAAGAUACAGUUUGAAGCACAGGAUGCUCUUCCUUUAGAGCACCUCAGCAUCGAAUUGAAGUGCUCAGAGGCUUUUAAGAGGGAGUGCCAGCCCCUCACCGCCAGUAAACAUGGAGGAGUGCAUGAGGCUAUGGCCAAGUUUAAUGAUAGGUGCCAAACCAAUGUCAAACCGCUAGGGUAUGUGACCCCAAUUAACUGCUGUAGACAAUUUUUGUGAUUAAUGAACAGCUAGCUCAGGGUUUCCCAAACUCGGUCCUGGCCCAUUAUCUUUCAAUAUAAUGGAAAAUCCCCAACUUGGAAACAACAUGCUGUCAGACAAUGCCGUCAAUAUGCUGUUGCGUACCAGUGAAUUAAAUGUGUAGGGAACCACUUGUCCAAGGCCAGGCAACCCUACUCCUGAAUUCAUGUUUUUGUUUUAACCAACAUGGAAGACCAGGUGUGACUGAUCAAUUAGCUCAGUUGGUCUGGUGUGGUGCCGAGCUGGGACAAAAUCCUCCAUUAUCUGUGGCACUUUGGGAACAGGGUGAUCUACCCCUGCACUAUAUUUAUAUUGGUUUAUAAACAAAUGUGAUAGACAUCCCUGUCAGAGUGGUUAAUUGUCCACUUCUGCUUCCUGGUGACCUUUUCAAACUUUUUCCCAAGACAAAGAUCUGACUUCAACUCUGGUCUUACUUUGCUUCAAUAAGGUAACGAUCAGGACCCUCCGCUAAGACCUUUUUCAGUUGAUUGUUACACAUUUGUAUAUCACAUCUUUCUAUUAAAAAUAAUGUUAUUUGAUGAAGUUAUCGAAUCUGGUCUCCUUGAUUCCUCAUGCAAUCAUUUGUGUUUUAUGACAGGGCUUCUGAUAUUUGUGUUUUAUGACAGGGCUUCUUAUAUUUGUGUUUUAUGACAGGGCUUCAUAAAACUGUGUUUUAUGACAGGGCUUCUGAUAUUUGUGUUUUAUGACAAGGCUUCUGAUAUUUGUGUUUUAAGACAGGGCUUCUGAUAUUUGUGUUUUAUGACAGGGCUUCUGAUAUUUGUGUUUUAUGACAGGGCUUCUGAUAUUUGUGGAAUUAACCCUCCCCCUCUUUUUUUGUCAACAAGGAGUUUUCUGAUUGGUUUCUUGCCUUGCGUGCUCCUUGCCUUGCAUGAUCCCUGCUUUGGAGAGAUGGUCACGUUGAGGAUGCCAAAGCGAUUCAGAUCUGGUGCAUAGCCAUUCUAUUAGCAGACGUUAAAUCUGGUAGUCUGUUGCUCGUUCCAGGCGCGCUGAAUGGACACUAAAAAGACCGUAAACACUUCCAACUAUUGAAGGAUGUCGGGGAUCACGGUGAAUUCGGAUUGUGGAGAAUGUUCACCCCCUUCGCAUGAGCCUUGCACCACGGAAUUACACCCAUACUCUAGCAUCGAUGACGAUGAUGAACUUCUGAAGUAUAUCUGGAGGGAAUAUUUGCAUCCUAAGCAAUAUGAAUGGGUUCUUAUUGUAGGAUACAUAAUUGUUUUUUUUGUUUCUCUCAUUGGAAACACACUAGUUUGUUUUGCAGUGUGGAAAAACCAUCACAUGCGCACAGUGACCAACUGUUUCAUUGUGAAUCUCUCCUUUGCUGAUGUCCUGGUCACCAUCACCUGUCUCCCGGCAAGUCUUGUGGUAGACAUUACAGAAACAUGGUUCUUUGGAAACACUCUUUGUAAAAUACUGCCUUACUUACAGACAAUCUCCGUAUCUGUGUCAGUCUUGACUCUGAGCUGCAUUGCUCUCGACCGCUGGUACGCAAUCUGCCACCCGCUGAUGUUCAAAAGCACGGCCAGGCGCGCCCGCAAGAGUAUCCUCCUCAUCUGGGGGGUUUCCUGUGUCAUCAUGAUCCCCCAGGCCAUCGUGAUGGAGUGCAGCAGCCUGCUCCCUGAGCUCACCAACAAAACCAGCCUUUUCACUGUGUGUGAAGAGCGCUGGGGAGCUGAUGUCUACCCCAAGGUGUAUCACACCUGUUUCUUCAUCGUCACAUACUUCGCUCCCCUCUGUCUGAUGGUUCUGGCAUACAUCCAGAUAUGUCAUAAACUGUGGUGUCAACAGAUUCCUGGGACGUCAUCUGUGCUACAGAGGAAGCGGAUGCCCCUCCAGGGUUCCACUUAUUCUCCAGGUCCUGGGGAGUCAGCCAAGGUCCGGACCAGCACAGUGUCCGCUGAGAUCAAACAGGUCCGGGCCCGCAGAAAGACAGCCCGCAUGCUGAUGGUGGUCCUCUUUGUCUUUGCCCUCUGCUACCUGCCCAUCAGCGUACUCAACAUCAUGAAAAGAGUGUUUGGGACGUUUAAGUACACAAACAGCAGAGAGACUGUAUACGCCUGGUUCACGUUCUCACAUUGGCUGAUAUAUGCCAACAGUGCUGCAAAUCCAAUCAUCUAUAACUUUUUAAGUGGGAAGUUUCGAGCGGAAUUCAAAGCAGCAUUUUCCUGUCGCUCUUUUGGCCGAUGUCAGAACCAAACAGAGGGCAUAAGGAGAAGAAUAAACACCGACAGCCGUAAAUCCUUGUCCACUCAAGUCAACAACAUGGACAAUGUCUCACGGAUAUCUGACCAUGUGGUUUAGUCCUAUACUGGGGCAUGCUGGGAGAUCUUAUAAUUGCACCAUGCCACCCAGGACACACUGGCAUUCACUGUCUCCAUGAUACAAAGGUCACGAAUAGAACACAUUGUAAACGUCAAGCUUUUAAUAACAGACAUCUUGAAUAGACCACAUACUCUGAAUGGACUGAAAGCAAUCAAUAUCCACCAACCUGUGUGAAAGCAAAUCCCUCCCCUGCUGGAACUUCUACCCAGGGGAAGAGAAGUGAUUUGAAUGAGUCGUGUCUGUUACAGAUGGAUAAAUGUUCUAUUGGCUCCAGUCUUUGGUUCUCAUCCCACCAGAGGCAGGAAUUAGCACCCCAUGGUGUUGUACACCUCACCAGAAAAAACAGACUGAAGGAUGAAUCACAAUGCAAAGAUUAAACCCUAUCAACGUUUAUUAUCAAAGCUUCUUAAAUCUGAAGAUGGAUUACAAAAUAACAAUUUGUUUGUUAAUUAGCCACAAUAGUGUACUACGUGUGUAUUUGUGGUGAUGUUUACUUAUGUCUUAUGAUGACUACUUCAUACUUCAUAAUAAUAAUAAUAAUUAUUGCUAUUAUUAAUAUUUGUAUUAUUGUUGUUGUUGAUGCUGUUGUUUAUUCUUUUUAUUGUUAUUGUUAUUACCUUCCUAUUCUAUGUGUAAUAUCAGGUUAUAUGUUUACAGAUAUGCUAUUGUACAUUAACAAUCCAGCCAAAGUUCGAAAAUCUCCACGGAUGAAUACAUCUACAGAGGUUUUCAUGACAAGGUGGAAGGUUAAAUUCUCACAACCUUACAUCAUAAAGACGGCUUUGUUUCUAAUUCAUUGCUGGAUCAACCAACAAGCAAUCAGAAUGAAAUAACCCUACAAGACAUUGAAUUCUGAUUUUAAAAAAUUAACGUCUUAUUUGAUGUGAACCCUUGAAAAGCAGUUUCUACAAUCGCUUUUGUUUGUUUUGAUUUCUUCUCGGGUGUUUGUUGUGAUGAUUUCUUAUUGGUGUUUCUUAUUAUUUCAUGUACUUUUUUAAAAGUAUGUUAAGCAGUUUCCCCUAAAAAUGUAUCUGUUCAUGUAAGUGAUUGUUGUUUUUGAUCUGUUUGAAGGUAAACAUUUUA